GAGCCUAAACUCAAAAUUAUGUUGUUUCAGAUUUAACCUAUAUUCACAUACCCAACUGGUAAAGAUGUCGUGUUGAAAUUGUCAUUUGCCUCUCUGUUAAUCCACAAACACAAAGGUAGGCUAUUGUUCUUUGGGUCGAGUUAGCUUUGACAGGUACAUGGGGUAAUCAAGUUCAUCAGAAAUUAAGAUGAACAUACUGUACAGAGCCGACCUGUCUCUUUCAAGUGUCACACAGGGCGUGUUUUUGUGACAGGUCUGUGGGGGAUGCUACCACACAGAUCCAACAGGCAUGAAUCAGUGUCCAAUCCAGAAGCACAGGUGAGUCCGCCUGCUUCCUUGAUUGACUCAGAGUUCAGCAGAGAGCCGAGCGCAGGGGAGACUCAGCCCGAAGACCCGCUGUCUCUGAAACACACAUGGAAGCUAAAGGACCUUUGCUGUAACACCUGUUGGACAAGAAUUACCACCCCAGAACGAACUACCGAACAGUAAGAAGGUCCACAUAGGCCUUUGUGAAAGUAUGAAGCCGCAAGUAAUCCUACCUCUGUUGAUAGCCAUAUCCGUUAUCGCGCUGGGAGUGAUGAAAAUUCGGAAAAAGGAGCACGACAAAGAAAACAGAUCGAGCUGGUUUCAGGAGAUCAAGCUGCGGGUGACCAACGAUGUGCUGUCAGACUACCUGACCGAGAAGGCAGGGAAGCAGAACAAGCUGGAGACUGCCGAGGGGGAGCUCAAAACUCUGGAGGAGGAACUGAAACAACUCGAGACAAAGGCAGAGGCGGCCAAGAAAGAAGUGGACACCUGUCUGUCAAGCAAGGUGAGAGGCGAAAAUGUGAAAGUUGGGUUUGAUUCAGUCACACCAGGAGAUUGUCUCUCGAAGUAUUGCUAAGAAUGGAGGAAAUACACACUUCUAGUACUUUUUUAAGUUGUCAGGCUAUAACAUGUAUUUUCUAAAGUCACUCAAAAUCCUUGGGUUCAAUCCUAGUCACGCCAGCGUGUGCCAAAGAGGUACACCAAAAACCUGUUUCACCUGGUUUCACCUAGAUACAACUCAUCAAAAGAUUGACUAAUUCCUGCAUUUCCAGGACAGACAGUGAUAAGCUUAAUUUAGCAGCCAGGACGUAUUGCUGACUGUAAACUGAUACCUUGAUAGUUUCCAUUGUUGAUUUUAUAAUUUAAUCUUUAACAAUAAAGCCAAUCCUGUUCUGCUAGUGUAUCUUGCACUUCCUGUUUAACCCUUAACUGCACCAUUGUGCUCUUUACCUGUGUGGUUCUUUCAAAGUACAUCAUCCGUGUGUUUUGAUAGGCCUACUUCUCACCCAGAGUCGUUUAUUGUCUGUUAAGUUUGUGCAACUUUUUUUGUAGCUUCACAGCUGAUCAUUUCUCUGGUGUCCAUAGGAAAACACAAUUGGAGGACUCUUUUAGGGCAAAUUAAAAUUGAAUCGGAUAACAUCAAAGGUCAAAGGUUGAAGAUAUAGUAAUCUACAACCAAAGAAUUUAUUUCACUCGACAAAGUAUCAUGUUUUUGGGUCAAAGCUAUUUGGUGCAACUGAGUGGAAGGAUUCAAAGUACUCUCUAAAUGUUGUUUUGUUUAUGAGUCAGGUAAUUAUGUGAUUUUACUGUGAAGCCAAAGACAGUUUCCUCAUUUCUACAUUCCACACAUUCAUUCAGUCAUUCUUUCAUUCAUCUCAAUGAGAUUUAUCCAAAAACAAUCUGUUGUUAAGUCUUUUUCCUCUUGCAGAAUAGUGAAAAAGAAGUCCACGAUUUAGCAGAGAAAGAACUCAAUGAUGUAAAGGGUAAGUGCUGAUUUUUGAGCCUCAUUGAUGAAAGAUGAUGAAAGAGGAUAGUACCUCCUCUUUGGAUUUUUACUCCUUUAGAUCAAAAGCUUUACACCAGAUGAAGUGUUGGUCAUAACCUUGCUUUUAAUAAGUCAAAAUUCGUAUGUUAUCUUACAAAUCCUACAGCAAACACAGAGAAGGAAAGUGCGGGCUGGAAGACAGAGACUGAAACUCUUCAAAAGCAACUAGCAGCACAGAGUGAAGUCUGUAAAUUUUUGAAACCAGACGCUCAAGCGGCAAGGUAGGAUAGCCACAUUCCUUUGUUAGUGCAAAUUCACAAACUCAUAAUAAGAUCUAAGUGUUCACACCACUAUAAAACUUUCUCACAAAGGCAACUGUGUGGAGAUGAUGCUGUCCCUAAACCAGAGGAGGCCAAACCAGAAGCCCCUAAACCAGAGGCUCCCAAAGCAGAAGAAGCAAAGGCAGAGGCCCCUAAACCAGAGGAACCAAAGGCAGAGGCCCCUAAACCAGAGGAACCAAAGGCAGAGGCCCCUAAACCAGAGGAGCCAAAGGCAGAGGCCCCUAAACCAGAGGCGCCAAAGGCAGAGGCCCCCAAACCAGAGGAGCCAAAGGCAGAGGCCCCUAAACCAGAAGAAGCGAAGGCAGAGGCCCCUAAACCAGAAGAAGCAAAGGCAGAGGCCCCUAAACCAGAGGAGCCAAAGGUAGAGGCCCCUAAACCAGAGGAGCCAAAGGCAGAGGCCCCUAAACCAGAGGAGGCUAAAGCAGAGGCUCCUAAAAACAGAUGAAGUACUACAACAUGUGUCAUCCACUAUACAACACCUUAUCUGAAAAAUAGAAAAACCAACAACAGAUUUUGGUUGCUGCCAGGUUCGAGCACUUUGUCCUGCUGGGUUGAUUUCCCAUGUGGUAGAGGUACUGUCCAAGCUUUAAAAAAGUAGCAAUGCCGUGGAGAUUUUGCAAUUUCUGUGUCGGGAUACUAAAAUAUUCAGUCGCAAUAUGUUAUUUAUUUUUAUUCAAAGAAGAAAAAACUAAAGAUGCAUUUGAUAUGGGUUGUUUGUCUAUGUGUUAGUUUUUACGUGAGUAUGUACAGUGGUGUAAAGUGCUUUGUAAUAAAAAAAUGAAGUGUUUGUUGCUUGCUAUGUUUGGGUUUCCCUCCACAUUUGUUGUUACUGAGAGGAAAUGUGCCAUAGUCCAGCUGUGAAGUUUAUCUACUUUACUAGUUUGGAUUUAUAAAAUAAAGGAACUGUGAGAAAACUUUUAUCAUCUUGCUGAUAAUGUGCUUCGAGGUGAACUUCAUUAAAAUAUUUUCCUGUUACAUGAA